AUGGUACCCGUGCUGAAAUUUAUCUUACCCUCAAUUGCAUUAGCAUUCCUUGUUAUGGCCCUCAUAUUUUUGUUGAAAAUAAAUCGAAAACAAAAGAUCAAAUUGCGUACCGAGGAAGAUAUAUCACCCUUUGCAUGGAGAAAGGUUUCGUAUCAGAAAAUUUUACAAGCAACAAAAGCAUUCAGUGAAACAAACCUAAUAAGCAUGGGAAGUUAUGGUUCAGUAUAUAAAGGAAAGCUUUUGGAUGGGAUGAAUAUCGCCUUGAAGGUAUUCAAUUUGCAACUAGAAGGAGCUUUCAAGAGUUUCGAUGUCGAGUGCGAAGUAAUACGUAACAUUCCUCAUCGGAACCUAAUUAAAAUCAUCAGCAGUUGCAGCAACAUGGAUUUCAAAGCCUUGGUACUAGAGUACAUGUCUAAUGGGAGCCUCAAGAAGUGGUUGUAUUCUCAUAACUAUUGUUUGGACAUUUUACAACGAUUAAACAUAAUGAUAGAUGUCGCGUCAGCAUUAGAAUAUUUACAUCAUGAUCAUGCAACACCUAUUAUUCACUGUGAUUUGAAACCGAGCAAUGUCCUCCUUGACGAAGACAUGGUUGCACGUGUUGCUGAUUUCGGGAUUGCAAAACUCUUAGGUGAAGGAGAUCUAAUGGUACAAACCAUGACCUUGGCAACAAUCGGGUAUAUGGCACCAGAGUAUGGAAUUGAAGGAAGAGUGUCAACAAAAUUUGAUGUCUAUAGUUAUGGUGUCUUGUUGAUGGAAACAUUUUCAAGGAAGAAGCCGACUGAUGAAAUGUUUGCCGGAGAGGUGAGCUUGAAGCGUUGGGUGAAGGAAGCAAUAAAGGGUUCGAUAAUUGAAAUUGUGGACCAAUCUGAUAGAAAGAGAUGA